CGUUUAUUCUCUGAUCCUUUUUAUCUAAAGAACUCUCUCUCUCUCUCUCUCGGUAUCUCUCUCUCUGUGGACCUUUUGGGUACAAAGAGAUAUAAUUGGAGUUGUUCAGCCGGGCAAUCUACAAAGCUGGGCAAUCUGUCUGAUCCCAACUCUCCGUCCCUUUAGAUAAUUCUUCAAGUGUAAAAAGGGCGUCCCUUUAGAUAAUUCUUCAAGUGUAAAAAGGGAUGGCUCAAGACUCGGCAAGCAAUGGAAACCAUGCUGUGGUUGUUUUGAAUGUCGAAGAAGGUGCUGAUAAUCGCAGCUCCUCUGCCUCCAAAAGCAACAAUGAAGUAUGCUUUUGCAUACCUUUCCUGCAGAAGUUGAUUGCCGAGGUGAUCGGUACGUACUUCUUGAUAUUUGCGGGUUGUGCAGCAGUGGUGGUGAAUUUGAAUAAUGAAAAGGUGGUGACUUUGCCCGGAAUUUCACUUGUGUGGGGACUGGCUGUGAUGGUUUUGGUUUACUCCGUAGGCCACAUCUCCGGUGCCCACUUUAAUCCUGCUGUCACAAUUGCUUUUGCUACCUGCAAGAGAUUCCCAUGUAAACAGGUGCCGCCUUAUAUAAUAGCUCAGGUGCUGGGAUCAACACUGGCAAUCGAGAGCCUUAGGCUAAUAUUCAGCGGGGAAGAGAACCGAUUUCCAGGAACAAUACCGGCCGGGUCGGACAUGCAAUCUUUUGUGCUUGAGUUCAUAAUCACAUUCUACCUCAUGUUCAUCAUAUCCGGUGUUGCCACUGACAACAGAGCUAUCGGAGAGCUUGCUGGCCUUGCUGUUGGCUCUACGGUCCUACUCAACGUGUUGUUUGCAGGGCCGAUUUCGGGAGCAUCGAUGAACCCAGCAAGAAGCUUGGGGCCUGCAAUAGUGCAUAGGCAAUUCAAGGGGAUAUGGGUAUAUAUGGUGGGACCGAUUCUUGGGGCCAUAUCGGGUGCAGGGGUCUACAAUUUAAUCCGGUUCACCGAUAAGCCACUGGGCGAGAUCACGAAGAGCGGCUCUUUCCUUCGAGUGACAAGACGUAACAGCUCAAUCUGAUUAUCUUUAAGAAUGGGAGAACAAAUAAAGAGAUAUAUAUGUGUGUGUAUAUAUAUAUAUAUAUAUAUAUACAGAGAGAGAGAGAGAGAGAGAGAGAGAGAGAAGGUUCUGAUCACAAAAGAACACAUGUGCUUUUUGUUUGUUAGCAAAAUAUACUCAGAAUUUGAGAAAUGGAAGCUGGCCGGUUUCCUUUGUAAAUUUGAGAGUCUCAACUCAUGAAGUAAUAAUACAUGCUGUGUUUGGAUGUUAA